AGUGGAUGUAGCCGUCAUAUUACUGCGCAUGGCGCAAGUUCUUUAGAGACGUUCAAUAUAUCUCUUGCAUUUUAAAGACUUUUCUGUAUUAAUAGGUUUUAGUCAUUUAAUCGUUAGAUGUGCAAUGAUAUUAAGGACUUGUGCCCACGUGUACGCAAACACUAGGGGGUGUUUACGUCUAAUUCGACCACUGAGCACUUUGUCAGCUGUCAUUGAGCAGAAUGGCAAAACCGGCCUCGUCCUUCAAUCCAUGUCCACUGACAUUUUUGAGAACCUGGCUUUUGAGGACUGGGUACACCAGCACGUGGACCUCCAGGAUCGGAGGAUACUAUUCCUGUGGAGAAACGCCGCAGCAGUGGUCAUCGGCAGACAUCAGAAUCCCUGGCAGGAGUGUAACGUCCACCUAAUGAGAGAGAGGGGGGUCCCACUCGCGAGACGGCGGAGUGGUGGAGGGACCGUGUACCAAGACCUGGGGAACAUCAACAUGACCUUCUUCACGUCAAAGCGAAAGUACGAUCGACACAAGAAUCUUAACAUUGUUACCAGCGCUUUAAAGAAACUGCGUCCCGCCCUGGAUGUGCACGCAACCGAUAGAUUCGACAUACUACUAAAUCGGGACUUUAAAAUAUCUGGGACUGCCGCUAAAUUGGGGCGAGCAGACGCGUAUCAUCAUUGCACACUGCUUUGCGCAGCAGAUCUGGCACUGCUGUCCCCGGUUCUGAAAAGCACGUGCCGAUCAAUCAGGAGCAAUGCGACACCCAGCGUGCCCUCGCCCGUGAGAAAUCUCGUGGAUGAGGACCCAACUUUAGACUGCGACACGAUCAUGGAGGCCAUAGCAUCCCAGUACAGUGCGGAGUUUGGACUGAACGGCGCAGUCAUGCUUGUUGACCCAACAGACGAGCUGUGCCUUCCCGGCAUCCAUAAAAUGGCCUCUGAACUUCAGACCUGGGAAUGGGUGUUCGGGAGAACGCCUAAGUUCAGCGUCAGUACCUGCUUUGAGGUCAGCUACGAAGCUUCCACCACCAAAGUCACUCUAAAUAUGGACGUAAAGAAUGGUAUUAUAGAGACCUGUUCCAUCGAACUACCUCAGGAUUGGCUGCCCACAGCGCUCUGUCACGAACUAAACGCCCUCUUGGUCGGUUGCAAGUUCUGCCCCAGUGAAGUCGCGGUUCUUACGUCGGCUGUGCUGAGGACAACCCCGCUGAACAGUGAACUUGAAACCAAGAUGAAUAUUCUAUACCACCAUGUGGCUGCUGUCAUGUGAAUAAACAUCAACGUAUACUGGAA